AUGCUGACUUUUCUUCUCCUUAGUGCUGCGGGCUCCUUUGCUCUGAAAAUAAAAUAUGGGUAUAACGUUGAACCCCACAAGAAGGACUAUCUUGUGAAACUGGCGGAGUUAGUGCUCGGUCAGUUUGGAGAAGCAAUAGCCCCAGGGAAGUUUCUAGUCGACCUUCUUCCAGCACUGAAAUAUCUACCUAGCUGGGUGCCGGGUAUGAGUUUCAAAAAAUGUGCUCGAUACAACAAGGAGUGCAUGGCGAAGCUGGUGGACUUCCCCUACGAGUUCACGAAGGAAGAUAAAGAUGUGAUCAAAUGGUCAGCGGGAGCUAUCUACGGCGUAGGAGUGGAUACGACCGUGGCUUUGCUUGAAGCAUUCUUUUUGGCAAUGAUGGCUCAUCCAGAUAUACAACGCAAGGCGCAGGCUCAGCUUGACAGUGUUGUUGGCGAAGACAGGUUCCCGACAGUGGCUGACCGGCAAAAUCUACCCUAUAUCGAUGCAAUAUUGAAAAAUACUAUGCGCUGGCACACGCUAGCGUUAGUUAUACCGAGGAAGUCCGAUGAAGAUGAGGUGAUCCACGGGAAUUUGGUGCCCAAGGGCGCAACAAUUGUGGGCAAAUAUCUGCUCGGCGGAGAAUACCUUUGGUUUCAGGCGUCGAGUCUGUCUGAGUCGGAUUACAGCGGAAACGCCCCUUUUCUUGGAAUCUCCAAUGCUCUCUUCGCGUUCAACAUCGAAAAGCCCGUCAGAGAAGAUGGAAGCGUGGUUGUGCCUGGGAUAAGUUUCACGCCGGACUUUAUCAGCCGUCCUGUUCCCUUUAAAUGCUCAUUUACCCCACGCAGUGAGAUUCGCCGGGGGCUUAUCUUGAAUUUCGAGAAGGAGCACCCAUUCCCUCUAAGCGAUGCCGAUAAACUGACUGUGGCUGUGAAGGCUGCAGCUGAACUGGGGAGUAGUUAG